AUGAGUUCUGUGCGCCAUGACAAGGCGCUCGCCAUGUUUUUUGACAAAGACUUCAGUCCGACAGAAUACGUCGAUGCCUUGAUGCUGACGCUAGCAGAUCCUACAGACAAGUAUCUGGGCGCCAGUCUAGCCCGGAUCUCCGGCCGGGUUCUGGAUCUUUUAUCGCAUUUGGACUACAGCACGGGCGAGAUCUCGAAAGAGCUAGCGAACAACAUGGCGCAGCUCCAAAAACUGGCCCAGCCUGUGGCCGGCGCCGACGAGUCAACGAGACUCGAGUACUAUUUCAACAGUUUGCGGAACUCCGUGCAAACGCUCGAGGCCGAGGUGAAAAGUGUGCUGAGCCAAUUGAGUGCCAAAGGGCAGAAAGAAGCUAAAAACGGCAAUACAGAAAACGACAACACCACACGCCACGACGGCGAAGAUACAGACCCUGUGCAGACGCUCAUACUGUUGAACACGGUGCAUUCCAACAUCGGGCGCGUUUUGCUGGUUCUUCAGAACCUUCGCCGGCUUUUUCCCGGAGUCGAUGUGCUGGCGAUUGGUGUGGACGAAUUUCUGAGCGCGUUGAACGUUUUACAUGACACGAUCCGGGCGCAGGCGAGAGAGGGGGAUGAAGACGAGCGGGCCGAGCUAGAAAAGACAGUGGCGGAGAUGAAAUCGUGGACCCCGAUGUUUCUGCAGUUUUCGCAGUUCGGACCGUUAUACUCACGCUUUAUUCUGCGGACAGAGGCAGAAUUGUAG